GCUGAGCCAGACCCCCCACCGUUAGGUGGGGUAUUGGGCUCGUAUAGUAUAUCAUUAAUUAUGAUUAUCAUUUAUAUAGUAUUUAGCAAAGAGAAUGCAAAAUUGUUGCUAAGCUACCAUACUGUAAACAGUCUUCAAUCUCUCUCAUUUAUUUUUUAUCAAUAGUGUAACUUUAGCUGUUAUCUAAUGAAUAAUAGGUAGUUUUCUUAAAAAAUGCAAUCAAUACCAGAAAUUGCUGCGCAAAUUGUUAACAACUCGCUAUCCAAUGUGGCAAAAGACAACUCUCGUACGAUAUUCCUUGUUGGCAGUAAGUCAGUGGGGAAAUCUACAUUGUUAUAUUCAUUCUUAGAUAAAAAUGAUACGCCUAAGGAAACGUUAGUUCUUGAAUAUUCAUUUGGUAGAAAGUCGAAUCAAAAACAGGCAAUAGAAAAAACUAUUUGCCAUAUUUGGGAAUACGGUGGCAAAUUGGAUAUUUUGAAAACUGUCUUACCUUCUGUCCCUAUUCGUGGAAAGUUUUAUUAUUGCGUUAUGAUAGACAUAAGUAAAACAAAGAGCAUUUGGAAUACUUUGGAAACUUGUGUUCAAGCCUUAAAUGAUAUUUAUAGUGAGGCUGAGAAUGUUCCAGAGUUGAUAAUUAUUUGUGGAAAAUACGAUCUCUUUAAGAAUUACGACAGUGAAAUCAAAAAAUUUAUCUGUUCAACAGUAAGAAGUGUCGCUCUGUUGCAAAAAGCUCACCUUGUAUUUUACACAUCCAAAGAACCUCAACUUGUAAAACGUGCAAAGGACUUAUUUCAUGGCAUAGGCUUUGGAAAUGGCGUGGCCUUUAAAGAAAGGAACGUUAAUUCCACAAAACCUUUGUGCAUACCUAAAGGUUCUGAUACUUGGGAAAGCGUCGGAUUAGAACUUACCAAUUGGGAACAAAUCAAAUUAAGACACUUAACGCGAUUUCCUUCUGAUCCUGAAGUGUCAUCAGAAGUGCUUGCUUCGCGGCCACAAAGGUCUCACCCAGAGCCGUCUAUUGAUGCGUUGGUUGCUUUGAAGUACGAAGAAUUACGCAAUUUAGAAUUACUUGAUAUUAGUUUGGACGAUUAUUUAAGGGUUCAUUAA